AUGUCCGUCACCAGGCCACAAGUAGUGGGUGUGGAUCCUGGUGACUUUUGCAUCGUCGCGCCGAACACCGUCAUCCACUGCGAGGUGUACAUACACACACACACACACACACGCACAGGCAGACUGGCCCCUUCUUCUCUCACUCACUGAGUCAGUCAGUCAGUCUCUGGGCAGUAGGUAGCCAUCCCUCCCUCUAUCUACUGCUCGCCACCUUAUGUCAUUCGCGUCUCGUGUGUCGAUGUGUGUCAUCAGGGUGAGGCUAUCAUCCGCGAGGACGAGGAGCGGCUGGACGAUGUGGGCUACGAGGAUGUCGGGGGCUGCCGCAGACAAAUGGCGCAGAUCAGAGAAAUGAUCGAAGUCCCACUGGUGAGCCGCCACACCGAGUGAGCCGCCACACCGAGUGUAAAUGACCAAGACACACGUGCAUUCAAAUACCAGGGCGUGCGUGAAUUCGAGACGUACGUGAGGAGAAAGGGGGCCGCAAGACACACAGACAUACAAACGGCACGGGAGAUAGAUGUGUUGUCCCUCCAUCCUUUUCUGUGUGCAUGAUAGAGCGGACAAUUUGGCCACGCUGGCUCGCAUCACCGGGGUCAGACAGCUGGCGCAAGUCGAUUCGAUGGAGGGGGACCGCCCCCGCGACCUUCCGCCGUUUAUUCCGAUCUUCACCGGCGACAAACAUUCAGACGAGAUACUCCAAGCCAUAGUCACAAAAUUUAUCGUCCAGCCCGCACACACACAGAGAGAGAUCCCCUUGAGACACGGCCAAUCUCUCCUUCCUCUCUGUGUCGCUCUGUCUGAUCAGGAGCCGUUCAUCUGCGACAAGUAUGAGUCCGUGUGGCGCGCCCUCAACAACAAAAUGGACAAGGGCAAGUACCAGUUCUGGAGUUCAUCCGGCCAGUUCUUCAUGGACGUGUGCACCGGCAAGUUUGGGCACCUGCUCAGUGACCCAUUCACCGGUCGAACCUACAACACGGUACGGUCCACAACACAACCUGGCUGGACACAUCCCUGACCUGCAUGACGGACGCAUCUCACUGCAUGGUGCCUUUCCUGUCUUCCUGCCGAUGGAUGGAUGGAUGGAUCACUGACAGACAUUGCCGGAGCAGAACGAGAUACACGAGCAACACAUCAACGAGCUCUUCGCCAAGAACCCACCCGGUGAGUCAGUCCGCAGUUAUUGACAGUGGGGAGACAGAGCAGGAGAACUCAAGCUUCUUACGUAUGUCCGUCUGUCUGCAGGCGCUCCCCUCCACGAAUACUGCCUCCUCGAUAACCCCAUCUUGUCCAAUAUGCACACAUCAAGACAGACAGAAUGGGAGAAUGCGGCUCAAGUGUGUGUGCAUCUGUGUCAUCUGUGUGUGUCUCACUGAUUCAGCCGCGCUGGCCUGCUGGGCGACGCUCUAGCUUCCAUACUCUACGGUAAUUUCCUAAUUUCCACCGUAAUUUCCUUCCUCUCUCGCGCUGUGUGUGUGUGUGUGUGUGUAUGUGUGUGUUGGUGCCUGGCUGCGUGCAGAUGGCCGGAAUGUGGUCAGCAUCAAGGAGGACUUCUCCGAAAAAGAGAUCAAGUGCGGAUUUACCCUCCGGAUGCAAGACAUUCAUGCAACUGAUUGACCCUGUGGUGUGGUCUCUGUGUCUUAAUCUGCUUGUCCCUCACUCAUUCAUCAGCGAGCUGCAAAACUACAUGGACGUUAAGUACAGCUUCACCUUCGCAGACGAAGUAAGUCACCAACACACACACACACACACAGACAGAGAGAGGGAGAGAGAGAGAGAGAGAGAGAGACGCGGCCUCCGCCUUUUAAAAUAUUAGUGUGUCUGUGGAUGCAUUCAUUCAUAUGUGUAGUUCUUCGGCCGCAUGGCGAGCAGCAGCUUCCUGGACAUCGUGCAGCGGGCCAUCGAGGCCAAGAAGGCCGCCCACGCCAAAGAAGGCACCUACACGGCCGUCAUGAGCAAAGCCAAGAAACACAUUGCACACGUACGCACCUCAGCCAGCCACAGAGGGAGGCAAGCAGGGCCAGUGUCUGUGUGUGUGUGUGUGUGUCUUGUAUCCAGUAUUCGGGUAUCAACCAUCGGAGGAAGAGGACACACACGCCAUGCAUCCCUGUCUCUCUCUCUGUCUGUCUGUAUGUCUGUCUGUCUGUCUGUGGCUGCGUGUUGUGUUGAAUUGGCGCAUCGAUGACUCCAUCAAUCAGGUAUGACGGAGAUCAAGUUCUCCGAGCUCAAAUUUCUCCUCUUCUCGGCACACGAUAGCCUACUCACAUCCAUCCUUUCCACUCUGGGUGGGUGGGUGAGCUAUCGGCGGUCAUCCAUCCGAAUGUCUGCCUGACGUGUGAUGUGACCUGGCUGCCUGCAUCAUGUCAUGGACGGAUGGGUGCGGUGCAGGCAUGUGGGACAACAAGGUCCCGCCAUUCCCCAGCCACCUCCUCAUCGAGCUGUGGAAGAACAAGGAGGGCAGAUACAUCGUCAAGGUCCGUAAGAUAGCGAGGACUCUGCUACCCCCUUUCCCUCUAGAUGUCAUUCUCGCGUCUCCCUCACGUCUCUCUCUCUCCAUAUGUGUGUGUGUGUGUGUGUAUGCAGAUAAUUUACAAUGGUCAGGAGCGGGAGAAGUCUUAUGACAGCUUCAUGAAACUCAUGGCGUCAGUAAACCUAAGACACACAGAGAGACGGAGCAAGGAAGAGAGACAUGGAGUGCAGCAGAAAGGGCUACGAUGUUCCUGCUGGUCGGUCACGCGCGUGUGUGAAUCAAAUCAGCCGAACGCUGGCCGCUCCCGGAGUGCCUGGCGGGCGCCUGAACUUGGAGCACUGGUGCCUCAACGCUGAAGACCCUGACUUGAUCCCUGAUGCAAAGGCCGUCUACGUACGCACAGACACACAGAGGCCGGCGCGUUGGUCAUCCAUGGACACAUGUCUGUGUGUGUGCGGUGCAGAAUAACCCCGAUUUGCUGCAUCGCAAUCCCCCUGCUCGCCACGCCACUCGUGCCGACUUCCCCGUGUGUGUGAAGAUGAACAAGCAAAUGGCCGGGAAAAUCGCCACUCAGGCACGCACAUGAUUCCUCCUUCAUUCGUAUGAAAACUGUAAUUGAAGUGUUGAACGGUGAUUCAUUCAUUCACUCAGGAGAAGAUGCGGCCGCUGACGGAACAGGGGCCCGUCGCAUCGAGAACCAGGAUCAGGAAAACGGCGAGCAGCAGCAUGCUCCUCGAGCAGGGAGAGCUCUGA